CGCUGAUUCUCACAUUGAUAAGGUUUUUAAACCAAUUUAUUUAUUCUGUCCUAAAUAAAUGCAAAAACUUUGGGACGAAUUUUUUUUUAAAUAACAAAAAAUGAGAAACAAUGUGUCAACAGAGAUAAUUUAUUUGUUAGUUUUAAAGUUGAUGGAGAAUAAAAGCAGUAUUUAUUAAUUUUAAAAAUGCGGUAUUUCAUGACUAAAAGUUCUGUAUUUUACUUACAGAAAGAAGCAUGGGAUGAUACAGAAGAGUACAAAGAUAAUUAUAAAAUCGUAAUUAAAGCAAGGGAACAAAAUAGAUUACCUUUCAUUCAUCAGUCUCCACAAUUUUCUUAUAGAUCCAGUUUAGUAGAAUACCUAAAACAAGUAUGUGUUGAGAAAAAAUUAAGUCAUUGCUGUUUGCAUCUAGCAGUGUAUAUUCUAGAUAUUUUUAUGGAUAAUCAUUCCAUAAUACCAGAAAGGAUUUUACUGGUCACUAAUGUUUGUUUAUUGUUAGCAGCAAAAUUUGAAGAAACCAAUUUGACAAUUCCAAAAAUAACAGAAUUAAAUGGAGCUAUAAAUAAUCGUUACCAAAUUGUUGACUACAAAACUUUAGAAAUCGUUGUUUUACGAUUUUUUCAAUGGUGCAUUAUGUUUCCCACAGCUGCACAUUAUGUAUAUUAUUAUAUACAGUCAGCAAUAUGCGAAGAGGAUAUAAAAAAUAAAGGGAUUAAUAUGAGGACAAUUUUUUACAAUUUACAUCACUGUGUAUCUGAAUAUCUUGAUCAGAUUAUUGGAAAUGUUCAUUACAUGCAGUGUUACCCACCCUCAAAACUUGCCGCCGCCAUUAUAGCUGUUAGUAGAAUGGAUAUAGGUUUGUCAUGCUGGACAGAACAACUUCAAAAUAUGACUGAUUAUAAAAGGGAAGAUAUAAAUAUGGAGAUAUUUGUAUUAAAAACAAAGAAUCCAUUCACUGAUUGUCAAAAAUGUAAAACGGACACAAAUUAUUAAAAGUACCAGCCAGUUUUAACCAUUGUAAAUACAACAUUCGAUACAAUACAAUUUAUAUUUGUAUUUCUGGACGAUUUAUUUUUUAGAAUUAUGUAUAAUUUGUUAUAUAUUAUGUAAGAAGAAUAUUAUCCUCUACAAACUUGUUAUACCAGCUGCGUUUUUUUAAGAAUAUUAUUUAUUUGUUAAAAAUGUUAGG